AUGUCUCACACCAUUUUGCUGUUACAGCCUACCACGAGGCCAGAAGGCAGGACUUAUGCAGACUAUGAGUCUGUGAAUAAGUGCAUGGAAGGUGUUUGUAACAUAUAUGAAGAACAUCUUAAAAGAAUGAAUCCCAACAGCCCCUCCAUCACAUACGGUAUCAGUCAAUUGUUUGAUUUUAUUGAUGAUCUGGCAGAUCUCUGCUGUCUUGUUUACCGAGCUGAUACACAGACGUACCAGCCUUAUAACAAAGACUGGAUCAAAGAGAAGAUCUACGUGCUCCUUCGUCGAUAG